AUGUUGACCGACAUGAGCCCAUCGGCCGGGGCUCAGUUCUACAGCACCCAGAUACCGGCCAUGGGCAUGAACAUCACGAACAUUACCACCCACAUGCAGAAACCAUCGGAACAUCCGGGAUUGCGGGGUACUCCGCUAGCGAUGCUCGCGGCACAGUGCAACAAACUGUCCAGCAAGUCACCACCCCCGUUGGCGGAUGCGGCCGUCGGUAAAGGGUUUCACCCGUGGAAGAAGAGCCCAAUCUCGUCCGGGCCACACUCACCCUCGAACACACAGCCGGUCGGGCUGGGCGGUGGCAACGGGUCCGGUUCAGGUGUCAGUAGUGGCGGUGGAGGCGGUGGUGGCGGUGGCGGACUUGGAGGAAAUUCUGUACUGCAGUCAUCGCUCGGGCGGCUUUCGUCAUCCGGCAGCUCGUCCACUAUUAGCCCAAUGGCGAAUCUCACCACCAGUGAUCUGUACUUUUCCGGUGCAUCGGGAUCACCGGGUGGGUGCGGCGCGGAUAACGCCCAUCACACCCUACAGCACGCACUAGGGGCGGCGGCAGCAGGCAAGGUCGGUGGCGAUGGGGGCGGACCGGGACAGGCAAGCUCAACGGCGGCUGCGGCCGCUGCUGCUGCUGCCCAGCUCGGGUCCGUCUACGGUCGCCACCCGUACGACUGGCAUCCGUUUAACGCGGUCGGCAAGCCGGACGCGAACGGGCUGGGCGGCAACGGGGGCCACGGGACGCCAACCGGCUGGUGGGACAUGCACGGGGCGGCCGGUAGCUGGCUCGAUAUCGGUACGAGCGCCGCCGCCGGUAUGCACGCGGCAACGAUGGCAAACUAUGCCGCGUCGGCGGCGGCCGCCUCGGUGAGCGGCUCCGAGCAUUACGCCUCCACCCUGACGCACGCGUCUCUCACCAACACCGCACACCUGCUCGGCUCCGGCCAGCAUCUGCUGCAGGAUAGUUGCUACAAGAGCAUGCUCCAGCCGGGCGGCGUCGGCGUGAGCGUCGGCCAGUCGGGCGCCGGCGUUGGCGUGGGUGGGUUCGGGCUGGGUCCGCAUGCGGGAGGUUCGCCGGCACCGCCACCGAGCGCCCCGCAGGCACCGUCGCCGCGAAGUCAGCGGCGCUACUCCGGCCGGGCGACCUGCGACUGUCCGAACUGUCAGGAGGCCGAGCGGCUCGGGCCCGCCGGCGUGCACCUGCGCAAGAAGAACAUCCACAGCUGCCACAUACCCGGUUGCGGCAAAGUGUACGGGAAGACGAGCCACCUGAAGGCGCACCUCCGGUGGCAUACCGGCGAGCGGCCGUUCGUCUGCAACUGGCUGUUCUGCGGCAAGCGCUUCACGCGCUCCGACGAGCUGCAGCGGCAUCUGCGCACGCACACAGCCAAACACGUCAAAACCCACAACGGCGGUGCUAGCGGUGCGGGCGGUAGCGGCGGCGGCGGCGGUGGUGGCGGUGGUGGUGGUGGUGGUGGCGGCAGUGGUGGUGGUGGUGGAGGUGGAAGUGCUGGAGCAGGAUCUGGAGCCGGAAGUGGCGGAGGUGGUGGCAGCGGCACUGGUGGAGGAGCGGGAGGCAACAGCGCGUCCGGGCCGAAUGCCAGCAGUGGCAAUGGUGCUACUACUGGUAGCAGCGGUUCUAGCGCGACCAGCGGCAAUAGCUCAACCGGCACGAAUGGUGGAGGUGGAGGCAGCGGCGGUGGUGGUGGCGGUGGUAACGAAGGCACCAAGAAAGGGACUACCUCACAACCGCAGCAACCGAUGGACGCACACUGCAGCGACUCGGAGGAGGGUGGAGUGACAGGUGGGUCGGUGACAGAUCAUCUGCACGGUGGUCCACUCGGAGGGCUGUCAGCGCCCCAUGGCGUGAUGGGUGGAGGGCCGCCCGGUAUGCUGGGUGGCGCAUCUUGCCAUUCGAUGGGCUCUCCGGGACUUUCCCACCCGCAGCAGCAGCAGCAGCACCAUCAGCAGCAGCCAGGCACCGGCACGCAUCACCAUCACCCGCAUUCGCAUCAUCCGCAUCACUCACAUCAUCAUCAUCAGCAGCAGCAGCAACAGCAGCAACAUCAUCACCAUCAUCAUCAGCAGCAGCAGCACCACGCGCACACACCCAGUCCGGGUUUGGAGCACGUCAACCAGCAGCAGAUGGAUGUGAAGCCGGGCAUUGUUUGA